AUGGGCACAACGCUCCCGUGCUCCAUGAGUAAUCAGGCCUGGCGGGCGCCAGCGGACGGUCGCCUGCGGUCCUCCCGGCGUGCGAAGCGCGGCACGCGGACGGCGGGGCGCGCGGAGAGAGGCGCUGAGGGCGGCCUUCGGGGUCUCCACUCGGCUGAGGAUUCCCCCACGGGCGGCGGAGGGGCGCCUGGGCAUCGCCGGAGCGCUUUCCGUCGCCUGCGGUCCUCUUGGGGGGCGGAAAGACGGCGGGGGGGCGCGCGGAGAGGCGCCCAGGACAGCCUUCGGAGCCCCGCUGAGGAGCACUUUGCGCAGGCCCAACUGCUUGGAGGAAGGCACGGUGCAGGGCUUGGGAGGAGCGCGGCAGCCGUUGGCAUGAGCGAAAGGGACGGGAUGGUAAUUCAUACGGCCCCGCUCAAGCAGACGUGGAAAUCCACGCCAAGGAAGGGCACCAAGCGUGUGCAGAAGGCCACCAAGAAUGCCAGGCGCCUCAUCAGCGACCCUUUCCAGAGGGAGAGAUUUUCAACGUGGCGAGGGAGGCGGCCUUCUGGUUGGUCUACGUGCAAGGUGAUCGCGAACGGAGGAAAAGCCACUGGCAGACCUCACCCCCAGCCAGAGAGCCAAUCAGGGUCAAUGGGCAAACGAGCAAUGUUGCCAGGCAGAAUUGUAGGACGAAAACAGGUGCCAAGGGAAGACGGCUGUUACCACAAGACAUUGUGCGUAUGA